AUGACACGGGACAUGUCAGAACAAGAGGGGCUUCCUUCCUUGCAGUGCCAGGCUGGGCAGGGCAGGACACACAGCUCCCCUCUAGCCUCCAGGAGCUCCCAAGCUCGGGAGGACGUUAGCUCGGUGCCUGCUGCACAAGGACUCGCGUCCCACAAGCACAGCCACACCAGCGGCCCCCUCCUGGGCACCAGACUGGUGGGGGUGCAGGUGCCUCGGGCCCCUCGUCGGUGUCCAUGUUCUCAUGGACAACCACCUGCCUUUGCUGACCCUUAUGUGCCUUGGCUCAUGCUCUCCCCUUCCUGGCAUGCUUUCUCCCUCUGUCCAGGCCCCACCCAUACAUGUGUAGCUCCGACACUGCCAUCUCCACAGAGCACUCUCCUCCCUCCAGGUGACGGUGCUCUUCCUGCUGAGCCACCCUGUCCUUUCCCGGCCCCCUCAGGUACGGAGCACUUUCUGCCUGGUGUCAUCCAGGUCCACCCGUCCCACUCGCCUGCGAGGGUCCCAUCUCACUGUCUUUGCUCCCCGCACCAAGCCCAGGUCUGGGGGAGGAUCUGUGGCCUGAGGGGGCAGAGGAAGGCCAGUUGCCAAAGGGCUUCGCUGAGCUGUAUUGAGUGUCAAGGUUCUGGGCGGGCUCAGACCCUGCCCAGGCUGCUUGAGGAAGGGGGUUGGAUGCAGGAGCCCUGGACUUGA